AAUAAUGAAUUGAAAGUUCGUCCAUCACCGUGAAGUAGAAUAGUUCAAAAUGAGUUUGGCCGGAAAAGUUGUUAUUGUGACGGGAGCAAGUUCAGGUAUUGGUGCUACCACAGCCGAAGCAUUCGCCAAACACGGAGCCAAAGUGGUGUUGGUCGGACGAAAUGAAACUAAUUUGAAGGCCACUGAGGCAGCCUGUAAAGCAGCCAACAACAAAGUCGAACUAUUGUCCAUCAUUGCUGAUGUAACGGUAGAUGCGGAGCGCAUUAUAAAAACAACUAUAGACAAAUUUGGACAACUGGAUGUGUUGGUCAAUAAUGCCGGCAUUGUUGAAGCUGGGAAUAUAUUGGACAUUGAUGUUGAGCAAUUCGAUAGAAUUUUGAAUACCAACUUACGUUCAGUUUUUCUUCUCACCAAAUUUGCCGCACCUCAUCUCGUUAAGACUCAAGGCAACAUUGUAAAUGUGUCUAGUCUCGCUGGUCUGCGUUCGUUUCCGGGUUUAUCGAGCUAUUGCACCUCCAAGGCGGCAGUUGAUCAGUUUACCAGGUGUAUUGCUUUAGAUUUGGCAGCGAAAAAUGUGCGUGUAAAUGCCGUGAAUCCCGGUGUGGUAGUGACCGAUAUUCAUAGACGUAUGGGCAUGUCGGAAGAGGAAUAUGCGAAAUAUUUGGAACAUAGCAAAGGUGUCCACCCGUUAGGCCGCGUAGGUGUUACGAAGGAGGUGGUCGAUGCUAUUAUCUUUUUUGCCAGUGACACUGCCAGCUUUAUAACGGGAGCAACUUUGCCCAUCGAUGGAGGCCGGCAUGUACAGUGUCCGCGUUAAUGGUGGAUUCAAAAAAAAAAAAGAAUAGAAUUUUGGGUAUACACCACACGAAACAAUUAUAAGAGGAAUUAAGUUUUUUUUAUAUAUUUUUUUUGUUAUGUUUUUAUAUAUAAAUUUUUAAUGAUAAAUAUGAUAAAUGUUUUGAAAAUAUUCUGUAAUAAGUACACAUUUCACGAAGCUUAACUUAAUUAUUAAGAAAAGUAAAAUCUAUAGAACAAAAAAAGUGUAACACCGAUGUUAUUAUUAUUUAAAAUAAAAUAAUAGAAUUCUUGGUUUAAGUUUAUAA